CUGUGAGCAUUUUGCACUCUCUUCAGGAGCUGCUAGAUCCUGGGCAAGGCCAGGCUGACUUCAAGGAAAGGAAUCGUCCCCUCUUGACCAAGAAGGCACUGCGAAAAGCAGGAUGAAACCCUUAUGGGAGAAGCUCCAGAGCCUGCAAUGCCAUUUCACCUGGCAGUUUGAGAAAGAGGGCCAGGUGAAUGCAGCACACAUCCUGAAGAUGUUGGCUCUCCAGGCGGAACACACGCCACACCGGAACCACGCCACCUUCAUCGCCAUGAAGGCCUACCUGCAGCACUUGCAAGGGGACUACAGAGAGGCCCUGGGCAGCCUCCGAGAAGCAGAGGAAGUCCUGAAACGAGACCAUCUGGCCAACUUCUCCCGCCAGGCCCUGGUGACUUACGGGAACUAUGCCUGGGUUUAUUACCACUUGGCCAAUUUCGACAUGGUGGAGCUCUACCUGGGCCGGAUUCGGGAGACCUGCCGGUCCCUGGCCAGCUCUGAGACUUACUCUGUUCUGACCCCUGAAAUCCAUGCCCAGAAAGGCUGGUCCCUCCUGGCUGUUGGCUUCCGGAACAGGGAGGAGGCCCAGGAGUGCUUCCGAAUGGCACUGCAAGGAGAUGAGUCCAACGAGGAAUUCAACGCAGGACUGGCAACCUCUGUGUAUGCAUGCUGGACUCACUCUUUCAGAUAUGAUCUUUGUAAGGAGGCCCAAAGAUUGCUGGAAGAGGUUGUCCUUAGCCAGCCCCAAAAUUAUGAAGCCAAAGCAUAUUUGGUCAAUGUGCUCCUGACAACAAGUACAGGCUGGAGAGCAAACAGCCUGAUGGAAGACGUUGUCCAGAACAGCCUCAACCCUGAAGUCCUCAGAAAUGUUGCCAGGCUGAAAAAGCCAAACUCAUUCCCCAAGCAAAUCCCCCGAGCAAUUUCCAUCUUGAAGCAGGCCGUAGCCCUGGAUCCUGGCUACCAUCUCCUCCACUACGACCUUGGGCAAUGUUACAAGAACGAGAUGGAAAGAGCCUCACCAGAAAAAAGAGAAGAAAUGCUGGCAGCUGCUACCGAGAGCUUCCAACAGGCUGUGGAAACGGAUCCUCCGUUUAUAUUCCCCAGGUUGGAACUGGCUAAACUCUACAGAGAAAAGUCCCCUGCUUACGAGGAAGAGAUGUACCUGACCCUGAUGGAGGGGCUGCCAGGAGUCAGCAAGCGAUGCCAGCAGGCCAUCUACCUCCACUGGGGAGACUUCCUCCUCCACAAGAAGGGGCUGAAGCACCAGGCCCUGGAGAUGUACCAGGCGGGCUUCGGAAUUGUAGAUGGCCACAUUAAUGAGAAGCGGCAGCUGAAGGCCCGGCUGGUGGACCUGGCAAAGAUGUUUCAGGAAGACUCUGAAAUGCACCAGGCUGAGUCUAUCUACCACAUUGUUGGCUUCCCUUACGCACAAAGGUCUGGCUGUAAAUUUAGCAAGUAAAUUAAAUUCUGCAAGGGAAGGGAAGUCAGGAGCUGAAGAUGCGGAUACUUUUCUAUGCAUUUGAAACAAGCCUUCCUGUUCAGCAGAUGUUUGCUGCCCAAAGAUCUUCUGACUUCCGCUAACCUUAGUAGAAAGUUUGCUCUUGUUUGGCUUUUUCUGCGACAUUCCUCUCUGCCGUUCCGUGGCACGCUUAAGCGGGCUCCUUCUGCUUCCUGAAUCCCUCUUGGCUCUCUUGAGGCAACGAGACGCAAUGCUUCAUUUUGUUGCAAAUGGAGGAAUGGAAAGCACCUGGCCCUUGCCAUUUUGGGGACCUGCCAUCCCUCCUCUCUGGUGAUCAAUGCUCACAGGACUUCACAACAUCUACCUAGAUCAAACAGAGCUUGGAAAAGUUACUUUUUUGAACUACAACUCCCAUCAGCCCAAUCCAGUGGCCAUGUGGGCUGGGGAUGAUGGGAGUUGUAGCUUAAAAAAGUAACUUUUCCAAGCUCUGAGAUCAAAUGUAGAUAAACUGUGCAUAAUAGUAUCACGAGUGUCCAUUUCUUAUGGACUGGGGAGUGUCAGUGCCCUCCUGAAUCUUGAAAACAAAGAGUCAGGAGAAAGUUCCACAAAGCAGCAAGCAUGUGAACUGGAAAUGCUUUCAUUCCACCUCAGGGACAUUGAAGGGGUUCUAUAUUUUUCUGCAUGUAGCAGAUUAAUACUUGAUGCAAUAACUGGUUCUGUUUCUCUGUUUGUUUGCAUUUCUACCAGCUUGAUGUUCUAGCCACAAUAAAAGAUGU